CGAGGCCUGUGCGGAAGCGGAUGGAGCCCUCUUGGGCAGCUGGAAAAAGAGUGGAGGCGCGUUCUGGUUUUCUGUGGGUGGGCGCGUGGUGCCAGCUCCGGAGAGUGCCGGAAGGAGGAGAAAAGGCCGCGGACUGCGGUCGCCCACUACCCACAUCCCGGUCACGAAGGGGUGGAAGCAAAAGGACCUUUACAAUCUGGGCUUAAUUUUACACCUGAGGAGAUAAACCCACGCGAGUUAAUUGGCCAAACGUCGUACAGCUGGUCAGUGGGAGAAUCAUCAGUGUUAGUAAUUAACUCCACCUUGGAUUAACGUCCUAGUUUCCUUAGAAGAACCAGAUGAUUUUAAUCAAAAUUUAAUAUCGAAAAAUGUUCUCUAAAACUAUAGUUUCUGAAGUCCCUUUUUAUUUAUUCUCUUUUCUCAGCAGCAGCCCUGUUAAGAUGCCCGCACAGGCUGUAAUGAUGUUCUAAGGCUGGGCGACCCCACUACCUUCGUGUAAAGCUAGUAAAGCACUACAGCAAGUGGAUGAGAACAUGCUUCUGAGACCAGACUAUUUCAAGUCAAACCCUGGCAUAUGUGACCUUCAUUCUUUCAGUGGGAAAAAUGGUGAAGAUGAUCAGUUUCAUCCUUCUCACCACUGUUCUGGUGAUGGGCAGGGAAAGCUGGGCUCUCGAGAACUGCCUGCACGAGCAGGCGCGGCUCAGAGCCCAGGUGCACCUGCUUGAGACCCGGGUCAAGCAGCAGCGAGUCAAGAUCGAGCAGCUUUUGCAUGAGAAGGAAGUCCAGUUCCUUGAUAAAGGAGAGGAGAAUAGCGUCAUUGACCUCGGAGGCAAGAGGCAAUACGCAGAUUGUUCAGAGAUUUUCAAUGAUGGGUAUAAGCAGAGUGGAUUUUACCAAAUCAAACCUCUCCAGAGCCCAGCAGAAUUCUCUGUUUAUUGUGACAUGUCCGAUGGAGGAGGGUGGACUGUAAUUCAGAGACGAUCUGAUGGCAGUGAGAACUUUAACAGAGACUGGAAUGACUAUGAAAAUGGCUUUGGAAAUUUUGUCCAAAAAAAUGGUGAAUAUUGGCUGGGUAAUAGAAAUCUUCACUUAUUGACUACACAAGGAGACUACACAUUAAAAAUCAACCUUGCAGAUUUUGAAAAAAAUAGCCGUUAUGCACAAUAUAGAAAUUUCAAAGUUGGAGAUGAAAAGAAUUCCUAUGAUUUGCAUAUUGGGGAAUAUUCUGGAACAGCUGGAGACUCCCUGGCAGGGAAUUUUCAUCCUGAAGUGCAAUGGUGGGCCAGUCACCAAAGAAUGAAAUUCAGCACAUGGGACAGAGAUAACGACAACUACGAAGGGAACUGUGCAAAAGAAGAUCAGUCUGGCUGGUGGUUUAACAGGUGUCACUCUGCAAACCUGAAUGGUUUAUAUCACACUGGCCCCUACACGGCUAAAACAGACAAUGGGAUAGUCUGGUACACCUGGCAUGGAUGGUGGUAUUCCUUGAAAUCUGUGGUUAUGAAAAUUAGGCCAAGUGAUUUUAUUCCAAAUAUUGUUUAAUUGUCCCUGCUGGGCUUUCAUUUCUGCAUUUCAUCUUGGUUUAAGUGAUUUGAAAAAUAGCAAAUCUGAACCUUCACAUGUAUAAUGAUGGCAGUUGUUAUGUGCACUACUUUUCUUACUUGCCUUUAUGACUUAAUGUACUUUCAGCACAGCAAAUAUGUGAUAUUCACCAAAUAAAUGUAGAUUAUGUUACUAUUUAA